CGGGCUGUGCGGGGGCCGGGGCGGGCGGGCUGCUCUUCCUCCUCCUCCUCCUUCUCCUCCUCCUCCUCCUCCGCGGCGGCGGCGGGCAGAUGCGGCGGAUCGCGGGGCGGCUCUGGCCCGCAGCGGGCUCCCGUCCCCCCGCCGCCCCCAUGGACGGCAGCGGGGGCAGCAGCCGCGCGUAGCUCGGAAGGCAUGCCCCAAACACUGAGUUCCACCAGUAUGUUUACCCCAUGUGGCUUCAGCCCUCAUCUACAUACUUCGAAAGAAGGUGAACAAGGAGGACUGAUCUUCCAGGAUGGAAACCUUACCUCAGCAUCUCUGGAUGCUCUAAUCCAGCAUCUGAUACCUACCACUGAUUACUACCCUGAAAAAGCCUAUAUCUUUACAUUCCUGCUGAGUUCCAGACUCUUCAUCGAACCCCAUGAGCUUUUGUCCCGAGUUUGUCACAAGUGCAUUGAGCAGCAGCGGCUGGACGACCCCGUGCUGGACAAGGCUCGAAUCAGAAAAUUUGGACCCAAAAUCUUGCAGCUGCUGACAGAGUGGACAGAGACAUUCCCAUAUGACUUUCAGGAAGAGCGGAUGAUCGGCCAUCUGAAAGACAUGAUUCACAGGAUAGCCCCGUGUGAUGAGGCCUACUGGAAAAAGAUGAAUCAGCUUUUGCAGACCCUGAAUCAGAAGCUUGCCACCCUCAGCCAUGGGCAAGAAGGGAUUGUCAAGAUCAGUUCUGCUGUCUCUGACAAGCUGGUUGCCUUUAAAACUAAACCCCCAUCAAUUCAGAGAGAAAUCCUGAGCGUCUGCAGUGACCCCUACACUCUGGCUCAGCAGCUGACACAUGUGGAGCUGGAAAGGUUAAGUCACAUUGGACCCGAGGAGUUCGUGCAGGCAUUUGUACAUAAAGACCCUCUGGAUGGCACCAAGACUUGUUUCAGUGAACAGAAGAAGACGAGUAACCUCGAGGCCUACGUGAAAUGGUUCAACAGGCUCUGCUAUCUUGUAGCAACAGAAAUUUGCAUGCCUGCAAAAAAGAAACAGCGAGCACAAGUCAUUGAAUUCUUCAUUGAUGUUGCCCGAGAGUGCUUUAACAUAGGGAACUUUAAUUCGCUGAUGGCAAUCAUUUCUGGAAUGAACAUGAGCCCAGUUUCCAGGCUAAAGAAGACUUGGUCAAAAGUGAAAACAGCCAAAUUUUUCAUUCUUGAGCACCAGAUGGACCCCACUGGCAACUUCUACAACUACCGAACAGCGCUGCGGGGGGCUGCCCACAGGUCCCUCACCGCCCACAGCAACAGGGAGAAGAUUGUGAUCCCCUUCUUCAGCCUAUUGAUCAAAGACAUUUAUUUUUUGAAUGAAGGGUGUGCUAAUCGCCUUCCAAAUGGACACGUCAACUUUGAAAAAUUUCUGGAACUGGCUAAGCAAGUAGGAGAAUUUAUAACAUGGAAGCAAGUGGAAUGUCCCUUUGAGCAAGACCCUAACAUCAUCCACUACUUGCACACUGCUCCCAUUUUUACUGAAGAUGGUUUGUAUCUGGCUUCCUAUGAAAGUGAAAGUCCGGAAAACCAGACAGAAAAAGACAGGUGGAAAUCCUUAAGAUCCACUAUUUUAGGAAAGACUUGAAGAUUAUGAGAUUAUUGCAGUAGGUCAAGGAAAAGAAAUCCGCAAACAUUUUGCACUACUGAUUCCAAAGAUGCCUGUUUGGGAUUUAGACAAUUCCUUUUGUUUGAGUUUUUCGUUGGGUUUUUUUUUUUUGACUGCCUAACACGAUGGAUGAACUGGCUUCAUCCACAGAAAUCAACAGGACUGUGUGCACAAUGAUGCUUUUCUUAGCUAUGAGACACAGAGAAAGGAAGGACAAACAGACCAUUUGUGGCUGUGCCCAAACUGCGUCAGGAUCACUGUUAUUUUGCCUCUGAAGGAAGAGCAGGAGCGUGGAGAGUCAUGGAGCUGCAGCAGAGAGUGGAAAAGUGUAAAGAAAAGGAAAGCAAAAAUACCCCACGAGUAUUUCAGAAGCAGGUGCUUCAGACAGCGGCUCUUCAAACCCACAGGGGCUUGUAAACUUAAAUCAAAGGACAGACACAGCAGCAAUCUGGUUAAUUGCUGAGUGAAGAAAGAAGAACUUCACCUUGCAUUUGCAGUCCCCCAGCCUUGUUGAGCAAAGCACUGACUGCUGCAGGGAUGAAGGCUGACGCCACUCCCAUGGAUGUCACGUACAGGCCAUGUCAGCAUGGGACAGUCCCACAGACCCCACGGAUUUUUGCAGAGAACAAUCUCAAGUGUGACUAUUGCUUAGUUCUUCUUCCCACGGCUGGUGUUGCUUUUCUUACUGUGAAUCUUGGCUGGUCUGAGGAGGGCACAGAGUGCAGAUGGUGCUGCUUAAAGACACCCCCCUACCACUUCUGGAGUUGAAUGAAGAAGAAAAUGACUCUGGACUCAACUUACCUCUAUUUAAUGUAUGUAGUGUAUUCCCUAAAUUCAUUGAUGCCAAGUUGCAUCUUUUAGAGGGUUUUAUCACACUUUAAAAAAAAAAAAUACUUCAUUACCAUUUCUAUCAGGUUCCAAUUAACACAGUACUGUUUUUUUCCCAAAAGGACACCAGGAUGAUGGGGGAGGGGGGUUAAUUGCUCUGAAUUUAGGAACUACAUAGUAUGCUUUAAAAGGAGAAAGGGUUUCAGACUAAAAUGAAUGCACUAUUCAUGAGCAGACAACCAUUUUUGUCUUUUUUACUUUUAGGAUCUAAACCACUUUCACCGUUUCCUUACAGAUAAUAUGAAAUAACGACUAUGUGUGGUCUUUAAAGUUGUACAAUAAUCAAGGUGCUACUGUAACAGAUAUAUUAAAUUAUAAUGUACUAUAUUAGAUUGAAAACUAAGCCCUAACAAUAGACUAAUUGUUUGUAUGUGGAAGGAAUGUUUCUAGCUGCCCCAGAAAAGACCUCAAAAAGUUUAAAUGAAACCUAAAUGCCACAGGAUAUUGAACUUUUCAUUUUUAUUACUGACUUGAUGCUGGCCUUUUCAGAUGUUCCAGUCUUUCUCUGCCUCCAACAAAAGGUUGUAACCCUUUGUUUGAGAUCAGUAACAGUUUUAUUUCAGUUUCAUUUGGAGUGAUUUCAAGUGGCUGUAGUGUUUUGAAAAAUUAGGCUAAUCACAAAACCUGGCUGUGUCGGACUAUGCAUUUAACCAGGAAACUGGAACUGUUCCUGCUCUCUGCCAGGCCUCCAAGUUAUCCAAGUUAUCCAGGCCUGAGGGAGCUGUGAGCAGGGGUGGGCUGGUGUUCGAGGGCAGCAGGCUCUGUGUGAUGACACUGCAGGUGUGCCGUGCCUGCAGUGCCGUCCUGGUGUCGGGUUGUGACCUGUGGAAACCCCUCCAGUCUGGAUCCCGUGCAAUUCGCUGCUCCUGCACUGCCUGAGCUGGGCAGGUUGUGCCAGAUUUGCUCACACAGGGGCUUGAGGCAGAGCUUUGAGUCUCCCUUUCGUACAGGUCCAUCAGUGUGUGAAUUCAAGCAGGGGGGACAUAAAACUUGGAUGUGUUUCUUCAAGCUCUGUAUGGAAGAAGUGAGUGUAAGGAUGGUCCAGCAUCGUUUCAGCCGGGGAAUGAUGAUUGUUCUGCUGAUACUGUCAAUAUGCUGUUUGUUAAUUUUUGUACAUGAGCUGAGAGCAAUACAGAGGAACAUACACACAUAACCUUUCCUUCAGGCAGAACCAUUUCCAAAAUGAAGCCAUUAAAAGCCUGUUAAAUUCCAGACAAAUCCAGAGCAAUAACCAUGAACAUAUUUACAAGAAUGCUAAUGCUCAAGUGUGUUUGCUAAAUCGUCAUUUUUUCUUAUUAUCUGCAUCUUUUUAACAGGCACAGUGUGACUUCAUAGUGGAAAUGUAGGUUUUUUAUUUAUCUGAGAUGCAAUGUAGGUGGAUGGGCCUUUUCUUAAAACCUGCUUCUUAAAUUUGAAAUCCUCACUCCUUUUCUAAUGAACCAAUAGAGUCUGGUACAGCUGAGAUUAUAAAACCCUGAAGAUAAUUAAAAUGUGAUUUCUCAUCAUAAUACUUUAUAUUUUGGGGCACCUUCCGUGAGUUCAAUCAAUUUUGUAAGUAUAAGUUACAUUAGAUCUUCUCAAGUUUAUCACUAAACCACUUUCGUAGUCCAAAACUUUUGAACCUCAGUGCUUAAAAUGGAAGCAUAAAGGUCAGAUUUAGUUGGGUAUUAAGGGCUUAGUGGGACUGUCAAAAGCACUAAAUAUCCUUAAGCUUUUAUGUAGUCACACAUUUAAAAAGGUCUUUUUCAGAGGUGCUAAACAUCCUCAUCUCUUGGGGAGUACUCAGACUUGCUUUAUAGAGUUGCAUGGCAUAUAAAUUGUGUAGCAUUUGAUGUCCAGAGACACUCACUGCUCUUUGCAGAAUGACUUGGAGAUGAGAGUGCAGAACAACUUAAAAUGAGAAGGCAGCACUUCUAAAAAAUGGACUCCAGGAGUCAUAGCUUGUCUUCACAUAAAUCCUACUGGAUGUAAAUAGAAACAAUGUAAGCCUUAAGUUACAGCUGUCGGUGGCAUUUCUAGUUCAUGUUUGACCCGACCAGGGUGUCCAGCUCCUGGCAGGUCAGUGGUUACAGCCUUGCUUCACCAUCAGGGCUCAGGAAGCAUGAGUGCAACUGAAAACAAAGCAUGACAAUUUGAGGAAUAGAUUUCUUCCAAAAAUGUAUUAGUAUUACAUGAAAAUGAGGGAAAAAAAA